GUCCGAAGUUGAGGACGCCGCUACGAAUUGCGUUCGUCAGAAUAGAGGAUCGUCCCGGAAGCUUCAGGCGGUUUGUCUUCUUCUCCGCCCUACACUCUGUCGCGGACCCGGCGUCAAUGCAGGCGAUUGCGGCAGACUUCUUUGGCUAUUACAAUGCGCAGAACCCUCCCGUGCUCGCACCGCGGUCCUCGCUCGGAAGCGUAGAUCGAGCGGGACACAUCCUGGAAGCCCGGCUCCGGGAUACUCUGGUCAGUCGCGAUCAAUCACGUUUGACUUCGACAACGACAAAUGUUCACGAAAAGGGCACGACGCGC